AUGACUGUUCCCAGCUCCCUCUUCCCCUCCUCGUUUACUCCCUUCACGGUUCAAACACAGUCCUCUCCUCCCAUCUCCAUCUACGGAAUCCGAUCGGUCGACUCGUCUUCUUCGCUCCCGCCCCUCCUCCUCCUCCAUGGAUAUCCAGAAUCUCACCUUAUGUGGCAUCUUGUCGCUCCUCAUCUCACCUCCCACUACUCCCUUGUGCUAAUGGACCUCCGCGGCUAUGGUGCUUCAUCCAAGCCUGCCAAUAACACCGAGCUCUACGCCAAGAGCCAUAUGGCCCAGGACUGCAUUUCUGUCAUGGACAGUCUCGGAUUUGCCAACCAGCCCUUUUAUGUAUGCGCCCAUGAUCGUGGAGCCCGUGUCGCCCACAAGCUCCUCGUGGAUCAUCCUACCCGCGUGCGCAAAGCCAUUCUCCUCGACAUAUGUCCUACCCUGGCCAUGUAUAAUUCUCCAAAUCCCGAAUUUCCCAAAGCCUACUUUCACUGGUACUUCCUCAUCCAGCCAUAUCCUCUUCCUGAGACGCUUAUCAGCGGUGCUCCGCGCCAGCUCACCGAGAUGUUCCUGGGAGUUGGGAAGCAUCUGCUCUUCCACAAGGACGUUCUGGAAGAGUACAUCAAGAGCAUGGAGGAUAAGGAUUAUGUCCACUCCACAUGUCAGGACUACCGUGCGAGUGCUACGCAUGACCUUGAUGAAGCGAGAGAGGAUCUCGAUAAGGGAAGGCUAAUUCAGUCGCCGAUCAGAGUGCUGGUGGGCAAGAAAGGCGUUGUCAGUCGGCUGUUCGACGUGGAGAAGGAAUGGAGAAAAGUUACGGCAGAUGGUGUACCAGUCGAAGUCGAGCAUGUUGAAGCUGGUCACUACAUUCCGGAACAGGUUCCGGAUAUUGUUGUCUCUAACAUUCUCGCGUUUUUGAAGUAA